UCUCUCACAGGAUCUGCCAUUUCCACAAAGCUCUGUGCGCUUCACUCUCUCUCCUUCUCUCUCCAUCGCCAUGGCCGAACCCACUGACCAACCUCCCUCUCCUUCUUCUUCCUCCACCACAAUGCCACCAAAUGAUCCAAUCUCUCUGAUCCGUCCCCGCCGCGAGCCCUUCGAAUAUGGCCUCCUCCCCAUUCCCAAGCUCGUCUUCUCCGACCCCGUCCAAACCCUAAUCCCGCUCAAGGACAAGCUCCUCCUCCACUCAUCCCCUUCCCACCGUAUCAACUCCGCUGCCAUUUCCGAAUCCCUGCAGAUCUCCCUUGACCAUGCUCGCCUUGUCCUCGACGCCAUCGCUUCCGUUCUCCACUCCCCCUCCGACCCCCUCCUCAAUGCUUCCCCUGAUGAGAUUGACUCUGUUGGCGUCGAUGUUCAUGAUCUCAUCCUCUUCUUUUAUAUUCAUUCCUACAAGAGGCUGCUCCCGAGAUCGCAUAAGGAUGCUGCUGCUGUUGCCGAUGUCUGGCCUUCUACUUCUGCUUUCGAUGGCUACUUGUCUGCCCUUUCGCCCUUGCAGCUUGUGCGCAGCAAUAGCCGUCGACUCAUGCCAUCACAGGCUGAUGAAGAGGCUCACCAAUUAUCAUAUUUACAAAAGCACAUUAGCAACAUUCUCUCUCUAUUGGCAGAGACUGUGGAGGGGGAAGGCGAGGAACUUUUGGUUUUAUCUGUGGACAGAUUUGAGCACCUUGGAUUUUUGGUUCAAUUUGGUGAUAAGGGUUCUGAUGGAAUUCAACUGAGCCAACAUGCUCCAUUUUUUGCUAACUCAGAUCCUGAUAUGCCUGCCGCUCCUGUGCCAGCAGCUCAAGUGUUGGACUGGAUUCUGCAAAACAUUGCUUCUGCCUUGGAACAAAUUUCUGAGAGAGCUUCUCUUAAAGAAAAUGGACCAUCUGACCCAGAUAUUGCUAUGGCUGAUGCAUCCACGAGUUCAGUCAAUAAGACUAGCUUCACCAGGGGUCCUAGUUAUAUUGAGGGAAUUUCUAAGUCCUCGCUUGUGAAGCAAGCGUCUGAUCUCAAAGGUUCUUCUGUGAAGGUGCUCAACUGUCACGAAUCUGUCAUUUACAUAUUAGCACCUCUGAGAUAUGCUACAAUAUACGGGUGUUCUGAUACUACCAUUGUUCUUGGAGCGGUUGGAAAGGCUGUAAGAGUUGAACAUUGUGAGCGAGUUCAUUUAGUUACAGUUUCGAAAAGAGUCUGCAUUGCAAACUGUCGAGAGUGUUUGUUCUUUUUGGGGGUAAAUCAACGACCGCUGAUAGUUGGUGAUAAUCAUAAGUUGCAGGUGGCACCAUAUAAUACAUUUUACCCUCAAUUGGGAGACCACAUGAGUGAAGUUGGCCUUGAAGCAGCUUUGAACAGAUGGGAUGAACCACUUGCCCUUGGAGUGGUAGAUCCACAUGAUUCAUUAUCUCAUCCUGCAGGUGUCUCUGAUGUACAAACUGAGUCUGCUACGUGUCUGGAUCCUGACCAGUUCACAAAUUUUUUGAUUCCGAACUGGGUUUCUGGUGAAUUUCUUGGAUCUACUCACUGCAAUCCAUUCCCAUUACCAGAAGCCUAUUCUGCAUCUCUCGAGAGGAAUCAAAAGACUUUAGAAGAAGUAAAUCAAAUACUGAGAGAAACCCCACUUGAAGAGAACCGCAAACGAGAAUUGUCAUCUGCACUUCAUGUAUACUUCAAAGACUGGCUAUAUGCUUCAGGAAACAUUCGUCAGCUUUACUGCUUGCAAGGUGAAUGAUUAAUUAAGACCAAAAAGGUGGUGGGUCUUACAGUCAAAUAUGAUGGUAAAGCAGGAAAAGCAUUUUUUUUUUUUUUUUUCUUGUUUCUUAAUUCAAUUGUCAACUAGUAGUUUUCGCCAAUUCCGUUUUGGUACUCUACUUGCUAUGAGUAGCUGAGAGGUAACCCUCUGCACGUGGCGGUAGAAUCAGAAAAGGAAAACAAAAAAAGAGUAUUAGCUAAUCUCAUUGUAAUUCUUGUGGCGGAAAAGAAACGAAUAAUGUCUCUGUAAUAUUUUUAUUUAUCCCAUGCUUCCUUCAGGGCCUUGU